AUUCUCAUCCCAGGCUGCAGCAAAGUCAGUAUCGGCGAUGCUCUCGCCCAAGAGUUCUUCUCCCGUGGCUUCAGAGUCUUCGCAACUGCUCGAAAUUUAGCGAAGAUCCAACAUUUGAAAGAUCUCGGAUGUGAGAUCGUAGUUCUCGAUGUCACAGACGAAGGGUCAGUCAGUAAACCUGUGGGGCGUGUGAGCGAAAUGACGGGAAGAACCGCAUUGUUUAGUCAACAACGCCGGGAUGAGUAA